AGGUCCAGGGCGCGCAUGUCCACACAGGGUACCCUUCCGGCUCCGCCCCUGGACGUGCCGGACCAGGCGGGAUGGUGUCGCCCGCUCUCCACUCGCAGAUUCCGGCCUGCGCAGAGCUGUGCCUUGGAUCACCCGAAUCCUGCUCGGUCCAUGGUCCCGGCCCACAGUCAGCUCCUAGUCGUCGUCGACAAACGGGAAUACCUGACAGGCUUCCACAAACGGAAGGUGGAGAGGAAGAAGGCGGCCAUUGAGGAGAUAAAACAGCGGCUGAAGCAGGAGCAGAAGAAGCUCCGGGAAGAGCGCCACCAGGAAUACCUGAAGAUGCUGGCAGAAAGAGAGGAGGCACUGGAGGAGGCAGAUGAGCUGGAGCGGCUGGUGACAGCAAAAACAGAGUCGGUGCAGUAUGACCACCCCAAUCACACAGUCACCGUGACCACCAUCAGUGACCUGGACCUCUCAGGGGCCCGGCUGCUAGGUCUGCCCCUGCCUGAGCAAGGGGACCUGGAUGGGUCCCAGGAGGAGGUGUCAUGCAUGGAGAAGCCAACAAAAGCCUUGCCCAGGAAGUCCAAAGAUCCCCUCCUAUCUCAGCGCAUCUCCUCCCUCACAGCCACACUGCAUGCACACAGUCGGAAGAAGGUCAAGAGGAAACACCCUCGGCGGGCCCAGGACUCCACCAAGAAACCUCCCAGUGCCACUCGUACCAGCAAGACCCAGCGCCGCCGCCGGAUGACCGGAAAAGCCAGGCACAGCGGGGAGUGAGCCCUCAAGAAGCCUGUGGGUCCCCAGCCAAAGUCCGUGGCUGUCCCUGCAACCCAGCUCUGCUGAGGGGUAACUGCAGCCUAAGCCUGAAAACCAGGACUUUUCCAGCCUGGGGUUUGAGCCCAGAAGCAGUGGGCUUCCUAGAGACUGGCCCCAGGAGCCUUUGGAAUUGUGUCAGGGUUUCUUCACAAAUGUACAUCUACCUGGGACUCAACAGUCCUUGAAACUCCUCA